CGCAAGUUUUGCUCACUGUCAAAGUCUUCAAACUAUUUUAAUAAUUAAGCCAUGUUAAGCCUCCGAAUAUCGUUCACAUUCUGACCGGCAAUUCCGUGAGUGCAUAUCCAUUUGUAUGCGAACUGUUCAUUGCCAUUGCCACACGGGUGAUGUGCUUAUGUGUUUAUGCUCGGCAAAUUGUUGCUCAAGUGCUGGCCUGUGUCACUUGAUCAUGCGCACGGUUGCCGUGCAGCUUCAACGCGGGCCAUGAAUACGUCAAACCAGGUUUCAAGUCGCACUGUGGUUCUGAGUGUGCAUGAUCUAUGAUCUCGAUUGCAGCGUCAACACUUAUAACUUCAACCUACACCUAGCCUCAUGCGCGGCCAGCUUUGGCAAGUGGCCUUUAGCCGUGCAGUUAUUCAAGCGGAGGCGGCUGUUUGGACAGGGCUCUUUGGACGUUGUGAGCGUGAAUACUCUUGUCAAAGCGAGGCGCUUUUUCUGGGCAUCAGCACUUGGCACGUUCACAGAGGCGCUGCAGCGAAAGCUACAAGUUGACGAAAGAACAAUUUGUACUCUACUGAGCUCUUCCGGCAAGUCUCGGCUCUGGCGGAGGUCACAGAGCCUGCUGCGGUAUAUGCUGGUAUUGAGCUUGCGCACAAACACAUUUUGCCACAGCAGUUUCAUGAGCACUUGCGGGACAUGCUCAAGUGGCUCCAAAGAAUGGCGUUUAGCAACUGCAACGCAGGCGGAGAUGCGUUUGUCAAAGAUCAAGUUGGACACAACCAGCCAAAAUAUUGGAUUAAAUGUGUAUCAGGGAAGGUGGAUGCAAGCUUUGCAAGGAGGCAGGUGCAUCAAUCAUGAUGACGCCCAUGAAAAGAUGGACACCGCAAGCUUCAAUACCCUGAUGUCAUCCUGCCGAAGCUCAUGGCGGCAGUGUCAGCAGCUAAUGUUUGAAAUGUUCUUGCAGGAACUUGAAUUAGAUGCUGUAAGCAGCACUGCUGUUCUGACAUCGGCAAAAGCUGCAAUGGAGUGGAAGCUAUCUCUACGACUGCUGGAGUGUUUCGACACAAAUCGCUUGACUCCAGGCAAAGAAGCUGUCAGCGCUCUUAUUGAGUCUUGCGACACCUGGAAGGAAGUACUGGUAUUGCUUGAGUGGUCGUCGUGCUCCACAAUUAAACAGGACACUGCAUUUUGUACGAGCGUGAUUUCGUCACUUGGAGACCAAUGGCGACGUGGGCUCAACGCAUUCCGCCAGCGCAUUCGGCCUUACAUUAGCCCAAACCUUGGAACUUCAUUGUGCAGAGCGGCUUGGGCCCAAUCAGUUCACGUACUGGGUCACCUGCUGGAUAAAAGCAAACUGGAUGCGGUGUGCCUCAAUGCGGCCAUUGCCUCAAGUGCACCUUGGGGGCACUGUGUCUCUUUGCUCGAAUUCAUGGAGACCCUUAACCUUCGCAGAGAUCACUACAGCUAUGGAGCAGCACUCUCCUGCAUAUUGGCCGAGUGGGACUUAGCGCUGGCUUUAUUGAAUGUAGCUGGUAAUGGAGGCAUUACAGCAAACGAAUUCAUGCUUUCUGCAGCGCAGACGGCUUGUGGAAAAGGUAUGACUUGGACAGUGCCGCUGCAGCUUCUCACUAUUUCAGCCAAGAAGGUGGUAGAGCCUUCUUUGAAUGAUGUGGUAUACACAGCCGUGGUCGCUGCAUCUGGUAUGUGCGACAACUGGGGCGUGCUUUUGGAUUUGAUAUCUCACAUGCAAUCAGCUGGAGUGGAGGGCACCAAUGCAUUUCACACUGAUGUCAGUGUUGCCAUUGGGAAAGGUUGGCGCACAAUUUUGCACAUGAACCAUGAGUGGUUCACGCAAGCUUCAAUGGCACAAAGACCGGAUAGUCGACCAAUGACAUCACAACAAUCACUGAACAAUCGCAACUGCUGGAGUCGCUGGAGUCUCAGACUCAGCUCUCUUUGCAGCUCCUUGGCCAUGCUCCACCGAUGGGAGGAGGCUUUGCAACUGUUGAGUCGGCUGAGUGAUAUUCCAGAGCAAGGCGUUGGAGUAAGGAAUUUAAUGGGCGCUGAGCGGCGGGGAGUUGGAGCGCCAUAUUUCACCAGCUUUGUAUUGACUUGCGGUCAAGUAAGCAAUGAAGCUUUGCUUGUGCGUUUGCUGGCUUCAGUGUCCCGAACCCCGCUGACAUACCUGAAAGAACUUCGAGCUUUUCAGUGAGCGAGGUUUUGUAUUUGCCUAUUGAUCAUCCUUGCUUGGUUUUGACUCAUCACUUUGGCCUUUGGCGGUUUUGUUGAUCAAGCUGCAGAUUUGACGCUGCUAUAUAGUACUCGCCGCGUCAGUUUGCCAAGCAGCGUUUUAAUUACAUUGUGCCAUGCGCUUGGAGUAGCUGCUGUUGGAGCCAAGCGCCCUAGAGCAGCCCAGCUCCUGCAUUCGGAGCAAUCGCAUUGCAAAAGGUGAGACCCUUGCAUGUGUUUGAAAUGCCAUUGGACGUAUAUAUUGUGUUUGCUCCACCUUUGCAUAAAGUCACCUCAGAAAGUGGAUAGAUUGUUG